GGUGGAAGCAGCGGGAUGCCCCCGCCGUUCCGGAUAGCGGUGCUGGGGGCGCAGGGCGUGGGCAAGUCGGCCAUUGUGCAGCGCUUCCUCCACGAUGACUACAGCGAGGCGGCCGUGUCCAGCCGCGCGCGCAGGGUGCACCUGUCCGCCGCCGUGCUCAAUGGCCACGUGCAUGACCUGCAGAUCACAGACUACCCGGCCAUCAGCAGCUUCCCCGGCAGCUCCCUCCAGGAGUGGUCGGACGUUUGCUGUCGAGGCAUUCGCAGCGCCCACGUCUACAUCUUGGUUUAUGACAUCUGCUGCUUUGACAGCUUCGAGUACGUCAAGACCAUGCGCCAGCAGAUCCUGGAGACCCGGGUGAUGGGAGCGUCGGAGACCCCUAUCCUGAUUGUGGGCAACAAGCGCGACCUCCAGCGAGGCCGGGUCAUCCCACGCCACAAUGUCUCUGACCUGGUGCGCAAGAGCUGGAAGUGCGGCUACGUGGAAUGUUCGGCCAAGUUCAACUGGCACAUCCUGCUGUUGUUCGGCGAGGCCCUCCGCAGUGUGGGCUGUGCCCGCUGCAAGCACGUCCACGCCACCAUCCGCUUCCAGCGGGCGCUCAGGAGAGAGCGCUGCACUCUUAUGUAAGAGGUGCCACUUUGGUGGUACCUCUCAAACGUCCUCUUGGGCCAAAUUUGAGACGCCCCCGCUUUCUCAGAGAAACCGAAUUACACCGUGGUGAAGAUAGCUUGUGGUCAGCGAUUCAGGAUUCUGUCAGCUAUAAAUCUGUGGUGCACUAAUUAACACCUGCAAGUAAUAGUGUGUUCGGUAAGUGCUGAUAAGUGAGUUUAGAUGAUGUUAUCCUGCACACCAAAAUUUGCCAAUAUUACACUUCAGGGCUUUAUUUCAUGAAGUGAAAUAACUCCACAAGUCAACCACCCAGGAAUGAAAUCAGGUUUUAUGAAUUAGGUUUUAAGAAUUGUUAAAUUUUCACAGUCCUAGCUUUAUCUGUAAGACUAAGUUGGAAAAGGAAAGUGUUUAUGAAUUUGAAAGGCUAUUAAAAGUCAUUAAAAAAUUCACAGAACUCGAAUUGUGAAAGCUACCAUGAGUAGAUUUUGAUCAGCUCUAUCCUAAUAGAAUAAAAGGAUAUUACGAUUAGGAGACCAGGCAUUAUCACAUUACUCUGUAUAGCUUCAAAUCUGACCAUCUAGAACAGGGGUGCUAAAGUGCAAUGUUUUUGGUGGGCUGAAAAAGAUAAAAAGGUAUACGAAUAAAGAAGAUAGCUAGGUUGCAAAUUGGGUUUUAACAUUAGUCUACACUAUACUUGGUUUUUAAAAUACUUUAAAGGAAAACCAUGGACAAACAAAAUUUCCCUCACCUUUUUUAAUAAUAAAUAAUAAAUUGGUGACUUGCACAUCUGUGGAGGCACCAUUAAUUCUGAACAGUAUACACAGGUUUUGGCAACAUAUGUUGCCAUCCAGAU